AUGUAUUGGUCAACCAACCAACCUGAACUGACGGAGAAAAAGAUCGCCAUGGCAGCCAAAGCAUUCAAGACCAACAUUGCGGUUUAUACCAAUCCACAGCAUGACCUAUGGAUAGGAGAAGCCACACCGACACUGCAAAGUGUCCAGAAUGCUGAGGACCUUAAGGAAGGACAAGUGACUGUCGCUAUCAGGAGCACAGGCAUCUGCGGAUCAGACAUCCACUUCUGGAAGCAUGGCUGUAUAGGUCCCAUGAUAGUCUCUGGAGACCACAUCCUCGGCCACGAGUCUGCUGGUGAGGUGAUCGCGGUCCAUCCAAGCGUCAAAACACUCAAAGUCGGCGACCGGGUAGCCGUCGAGCCGGGAAUACCAUGCGGGCAUUGCGAGCCGUGCCUAACGGGACGAUACAAUGGAUGCGAAAGUGUCGAAUUCCUGUCCACGCCGCCGGUGCCAGGUUUGUUACGGCGCUACGUUAACCACCCCGCUGUGUGGUGCCAUCCUAUUGGCGACAUGACAUACGAGGAAGGCGCUUUACUCGAGCCGCUGUCUGUGGCUCUCGCGGGCUUGCAGCGUGCUGAUGUCCGGCUGGGAGAUCCCGUUCUCGUGUGCGGCGCGGGGCCCAUCGGGUUGGUGACAUUGCUGUGUUGCCGCGCGGCUGGAGCGUGCCCGCUGGUCAUUACGGAUCUCGACGAGGGCCGAUUACGGUUCGCCAAGGAGAUUUGCCCGCAGGUAGUCACACACAAGGUUGAACCAGAAAAGUCAGCAGAGGAGCUGGCAAAGGCGAUCAUCUCAGAAAGCUUUGGCGGAAUCGAGCCAGCGGUAGCGAUGGAGUGCACAGGAGCCGAGAGCAGCAUCGCGGCGGCGGUAUGGUCAGUCAAGUUUGGCGGCAAGGUGUUUGUGAUUGGGGUUGGCAAGAACGAGAUCCAGCUGCCGUUCAUGCGGGCCAGCGUGCGUGAGGUUGACUUGCAAUUCCAGUACAGGUACAGCAACACGUGGCCGCGGGCGAUCCGGCUGGUGCAGAACGGUGUCAUCGACCUCAAGAAGCUGGUGACGCAUCGCUUCUCUCUAGAAGAUGCCCUGCAGGCGUUUGCGACGGCUUCUGACCCCAAGAAUGGGGCAAUUAAGGUGCAGAUUCAAAGCUUUGAGUAA